CCCAGCUGCCCUCCAAUCCUCCAGGGCAACUGCUGUGGUCUCUGCUCUGGAGGACAACACGCAACGAAGUGGGACUUUCUGGCCAUGGAGGGGCAGAGGCUGUGGCAGGGAGGAUGACCCGGCCCUUGGAGAAGGCGGUGUCCGCCAUCGUGUGCACCUUCCAGGAGUACGCGGGGCGCUGUGGGGACAAGUACAAGCUGUGCCAGUCGGAGCUCAAGGAGCUGCUGCAGAAGGAGUUGCCCACAUUCAAGCCGACAGAGCUUCGUGAGUGUGACUUCAGCAAGUUCCUGGCCGCCCUGGACACAAACAAGGACUGCGAAGUGGACUUCAUGGAGUACAUGCGGGCGAUUGGCUGCCUCUGUACCUACUGCCACGAAUACUUCAAGAGCUGCCCCCCGGAGCCUCCCUGUGGCCAGUAA